UCUUUAUUUUCAAGUGACUUGGAUAUUAGAAGCAUGGGCUUGUUGGGCGACGUGGUCAACCAAGUGGUCAACUCCGUACCAAUAGUUGGCCACAUCAAGGGAAUGGUCCACUAUGCGUGCGGUGACACGGAAAGAGGUGACGCAGCCGUUCGGUCAGCCACACGCACUACAGUCGUCUUGGGAGCAGGAGUCGCCGGUGCGUUGGCAGGUCCUGCCGGAGCUGUAGCCGCAGCAACCGCUGCUGGCGCUGCUGCCGAUCUUACCUUUUACGCCAAUGGAGAGCCACAGUUGCACGGUAUCGCCCGGGUAAUCAAGACUCCCAGAAAAUCCCUUUCUUGGCUUGCGGCAGGCAUCAACGUGUUGGGCGAUGGAUGCCUUGGCGUCAGCCUUGGUGUCAGCGCUGGGCUCGGCGUGAUUGGGCUCAACGGAAGCGUAUUGGAAGAGCAAUUGACUAAUGUUGCCAUGAACGGCGCAUUUUUGGCGUGGACCACUUUCAAUUCCGCCGGAACAGAAAAUCGAAAUGCCAAAAGGAAACGUGCAGCAACAGAGACGCCCGGGACCUCGGAUGAUUCGACUGGAAGGCCAAAGCGGCCAAAAACUAAUGACAACAAGCAGGAAAUGAUUGUAGGUAGGGACGCAAACACACAUCAAGCCAUCAGCGGAUCAUCAGGAGUUACAGACAUCCGGAUGGAGGCCGUUUUUCAAGAGUCUCGUAUACAGCAAAGUUACUCCAUAGUAACGAACGCCUUGGCCUCAACUGAACGAGCUCCAACAGUUCACAGUUCGACAACUCUUGAGAAAAAAACAUGGAAUUUUAGUGGGAAACACAGCGCAGAAGCUGUGGUUGAAAUUCAACGCCUUCAAGGUUUCUCUAAUUCGCAUGGCGGACUGAGUAACAACGACCCUAAUUUUAGUAGGAAUUCCGUUGGUCUACGUUGCGAUGAGGACGAAGAAGAGGAUGAGGAUGAAGAUAUUUUGUCAACCAACUUAAGCUUAAGCACUAGUAAAAAUGGUAACUGCAGUAGUUCUAAGCAUACAGUGAAGACAAAAAGGCCGAAUGAAAACAUGCGUGCAAACAGCAUGAGUUCUAAGCGUAAUCAUAAAGAACGUUACAGCUGUCAAGUCUGCCGUAAAAUGUUCCCGACACCUAGCAAUUUAGCUGCCCAUUUUAGGAUCCAUUCGGGAACGAAACCUUUUAAAUGUGACCUCUGUUCCCGGUCAUUUCGCCAGAAAAUUCAUUUACAGAGUCAUAUGCGUAGCAUUCACAAGAUCAUAGUUGACAAGUGAUUCAGUUAAAUUUUGUUAAUACUGACGAUCAAUUAAUUGAUCUACCUAAAAAUACUUGUUUCCAAAAACGUUCAUACAUUGAUCCUCUUUAACAUUUCACCAUAUGUUCCUGGAAACUUGCACUCGUGUUAACUGGUGAAAAUAAUACAGAUGUAUUUUGUAAUUGUGUGAAUUUUUAAAGCUCAAGAAAAUCACCGGGUAUAGACCGGAAGCAAAGUGGACAGCUUCAGUUUUGGUAUCCCAUUCCCCGUAACUCAAUUUUCAUAUCGAAGUUCAAGUUCAACACAAUCUGAUAUUUACUUUGAAUCACACAAAAUUUAUUUGUACAACUCCGAACGGAAUAAAUGGUUUGCAGAAUUGUAUGAAUAAAAUAAAAAAUUUAAAUCAUCGGUCAUCGAAUACGACGGAUGUUAUUUUGGCGAUUUGGCAACCAUCGCGUCUUACCUGCAAUUGGUUGAAAUGUGCUUCUUCGCCUACACCUGCUAAGCUUUUUCUUUGGGUGUUGGCUUUGGCAGUUUGUUGUUUGGUUUACCUGGUUUACCUGUUGGGCAACUUGCAGUUGUCACUAUGAAUUUUUAAAGUAACGUUUUACUUUUUAUUUCGUUUUCGAACUUCUCUGGUUAAAGGUAAGUCAUUUAAUCUCAUUGAAUUCAACGCCAUCGUUUUAAUUCAUAAUUAUUUUUUUUCAAACAGUGAUAGCUGCAAUGAAU